AUGGCUGAGCGCACCAUUACUUUGUUCCUUGGGAAGGAGACAGAAUCCCCAGGCGUAACGAAAAACCCACAAGCGGCUGUGUCGGAUUACUUAAAAUUUGCAGUGUAUAAGUAUGAUUUGAUGAAUACGAUGGGUGAGCUUAGUCUGCUGAGCGAAGUCUAG